AUAAAUUCGAACUUUAAAAUCUCUGGUUCAAUAACAAGACAAAAUGUUCACCCUAGUUGGCUAAUUGAGGAGGACCUUUAUAAUUUAACUAUUUAGAUAGUCUGUAAAUUAUACUCGAAAAUUGCCAAAAGUUUGCCUCUCAAACGUGUUUUUAAUGUUCUUUCUCAUGUUCAUAAAGAUUUAUAAAUUCAUUAGACCAAAAAAAAGAUUUUAGUUCAAAGAUAAUGUUUCAUUGAGUGGUCGUGUAAGUAAGAGUCGUCGUCGUCAGCGAGUUUUCUACUCCGACAGUCAUGGAGCCAGUUCUACCCAACAACAAAGCGCCGUCGCUUUCACAUACGACUGUCUCGGUGGAUUCCGAUGGCCGAGCCACCGUAUUCCGGCCAUUCUCCCUCUCCUCGCCGCACUCACGAGCCUUUCACCUAGCAUGGCUCUCACUCUUCUCAUGCUUUUUCUCCACCUUCUCCAUCCCUCCUCUCGUCCCCGUCAUCUCAUCCGACCUCAACCUCUCCGAUUCCACCGUAUCCGCCGCCGGAAUCGCCUCCUUCGUUGGCUCUAUCUUCUCUCGUCUCGCUAUGGGACCACUCUGUGAUCUCAUCGGACCAAGGACUUCCUCGGCGAUCCUGUCUUUCCUCACCGCUCCAGCCAUUCUCUCCGCCGCAUUCAUCUCCUCUCCGACGUCGUUCAUCCUCCUCCGUUUCUUCGUCGGCUUCUCCCUCGCUAAUUUCGUUGCCAAUCAGUACUGGAUGUCGUCCAUGUUUUCCGGCAACGUCAUUGGUCUCGCUAAUGGCGUCUCAGCCGGUUGGGCUAACGUCGGCGCCGGUGUCUCACAGCUCCUAAUGCCUCUAAUCUACACCACCAUCGCCGAGUUCAUCCCACACGCCGUCGCAUGGCGCGUAUCAUUCGUAUUUCCCGCCAUUUUCCAGGUUACAACCGCCGUCCUCGUGCUCCUCUACGGCCAAGAUACUCCCAACGGCAACAGAGAUGCAUCGAAACGAAACAAAAUCAGAUCCCCCGAAGAAGAAGAAGAUUCGAAUUUAGUUGAAAUUCUCAUCGGCGGACUUGGGAAUUACAGAGCGUGGAUCUUAGCUCUGCUUUACGGAUACUCGUACGGCGUGGAGCUCACGACGGACAACGUGAUCGCCGGAUAUUUCUACGAGCGGUUCGGAGUGAAUCUGGAGGCGGCGGGGACGAUCGCGGCGAGUUUCGGGAUAUCGAACAUAGCGUCGAGACCGGCGGGAGGAAUGAUAUCGGACGCGCUGGGGAAGAGAUUCGGGAUGAGAGGGAGGCUCUGGGGACUGUGGGUGGUGCAGUCGGUGGCUGGGUUGUUGUGUGUGUUACUCGGACGAGUCAACUCGCUUUGGGGAUCGAUCGCCGUCAUGUGGGUAUUCUCUGUUUUCGUUCAAGCUGCUUCUGGCCUCGUCUUUGGCGUCGUCCCUUUCGUCUCUACCAGAUCUUUAGGAGUGGUGGCGGGGAUUACGGGAAGUGGCGGCACUGUGGGUGCGGUGGUGACGCAGUUUCUGUUGUUUUCAGGAGAUGGUGUUAGGAAACAGAGAAGCAUUUCACUUAUGGGUUUGAUGACUUUUGUGUUUUCUCUGUCGGUUACAUCUAUUUACUUUCCACGUUGGGGUGGAAUGUGUUGUGGCCCUUCGCCGUCUUCUGGAACUGAUGAUGUCUCCCGGGGACUCCUUGUAGACGGCGAUGAAGAGGAAGCUGAUACAGUGAAUCGUCCCGUUUGUUGAUUUGGCCUAACGGAAAUAAGUAAUGGGAAAGUUUUAGUAUCCGUAUGCAAAAAUAUUCUUAGGCAGAUUUAUCUUCUGCUGUUGGGGAUUUUGUAGAUCAAAAUGGGGUUAAGGAAGAAUUUGAUGUUGCCAUGCUUAAGGAAUUACUUUCUCACACCACAACACUAUUACAAAAUAAGUUUGCAGCUUCUAUGUAUAAUAACUUGGAAUGGUACUUAAUUAGGCUAA